CGAGUAGAGCACCGAGCAUACCGUGCAUAGCACCGAGCAUACCGUGUAGGACACAGCUAUGGGAGUGGAGAUCGAGACCAUCUCUCCAGGAGACGGAAGGACUUUUCCGAAGAAGGGUCAGACCUGCACCGUCCAUUACACAGGGAUGCUGCAGAACGGGAAGAAGUUUGACUCGUCCAGAGACCGGAAUAAACCGUUCAGGUUCAAGAUUGGACGCCAGGAAGUGAUCAAAGGCUGGGAGGAAGGCGUUGCGCAGAUGAGUUUGGGGCAGAGAGCAAAGCUGACCUGUUCGCCUGACGUUGCCUAUGGAGCCACCGGGCACCCAGGAGUCAUCCCUCCCUACGCUACUCUCAUCUUCGAUGUGGAACUCCUCCGGAUAGAGUGAUGUGCGUUCAGGAAGGGCCGGCCAAAGAUCUCCACCACCACCAUCCUCUUCCUCUGUACGAGACCUUGUCCCUGCUGGAGCAGUCCGAGACGUCCACUCCAGUAGAGCGAGGCCAAGCAAGUCUUCACAUUAAACACUUGAGCUGGCAGAGGAGACGGCAGUGCCAUUAUAUGCGGCCUCCUCUGGCAAUAUCCGAAUUAAAGCGGGGACAGGGCUGCUGUUAGAGUCGCCAUCAACCUUUAUCGGAAUGGAUCUGAUGUCUCAGUGAGCCCCGUAUAUAUG